AUGGAAGAACCCCUCAUCCUCGCCAAAUUCGACAACCUCGUCCAAUCUGGCCUCGUCCUAUACGACGACAAACAACAAAUCAUCGAGCACAUUGACGGCGACCUCAAAUUCCAAUUCGUUCUGACUUCUGCUCUCGCCAAAAAACCCACCCUAACCAGCCCCCAGUCCCAACCAGAGGCCGGCAUCCCAAAACCCGAAAAGCGACCAGGCAGCGACAUAAGCACGACCGGGUUUGAGCUCGGCGCGCUAGAUAGCCACUUAGUGAUCGUGAACAAGUUCUGCUUUGCUCGGCCCCAUCUCAUGCUUCUCACGUUUGAUGGACACAAACGACAAUAUGAGGCGCUCGAGCAGGUCGAUCUAGAAGACGCGUGGCAGCUCCUCAGCUCCGCAGAAAGCGAUUAUGUUGCAUUUUACAACUGCGGCCAGAACGGCGGAUGCAGUCGCCUGCAUAAGCAUAUGCAGGUGAUGCCCCUGCCGGCGAACAGUUUUGCUGCUUUCCUGGAUUCUCCCGGAGAACCUGAGACUAAGGUUCCUUUUGAAUGGUUUUAUCGACGUUUUGAGGGCGAUGUGACUCCUGCUGCGUUGUUCGGGGCUUACAAAGACCUGUUGCGAGAGGCUACGAAGGUGGCUGGGGACUAUACGGCAAAUGCAGCGCCUGGGGCAGUCUGUCCGCAUAAUAUGGUUCUUACCAAGAGGUGGAUUAUCGUGCUGCCGAGAAGACGAGGUGCGAUUAAUAAGGAGGCCGGGGUGAAUUCCUUGGGAAUGCUGGGGAUCAUGGCUGUAGCUACGACUAAGGAGAUUGACAAUUUGGUCAGGGUGGGCUUGACGAAGUCUUUAGCAGAGCUGGGAGUGCCCAAGCGGAUUUGA